GCCAGUGCCGAGGAGUGCCACGCCCCAGUGCCCCACCGACGGCUCUCCAGUGCUCCUCUUGCUUCCACAGCCGGAACAGCUCCUACUCCCUCACAUCUUUACUCGUGAGGAGCUUAUCAGGUUGUCUUGUUCCUCUCCGGCUGACUGACCCUCGACGCCGCAAACAUGCCUGCUCAAUCCACAGGAACCGCCACCGUCUCCGUGACGAAGACCUCCUACAAAUCAGGCGCCAUGACCCCGGAUAUUCAGACCUCCUCACAGACCAUCUACGCCCAAACAUCCGCCCUGGAGGACAAGAUUCGCCUUCUUAUGGACGACAUUGAGUACGAGAGGGAGCUGAGGCAGAGGGUUGAACGCGAAAAGGCCGAUCUCAGUGUGCAAGUUAUCCAGCUGACUGAGCGCAUUGAGGAGGUCGAAGCCGGAGCCGAUGGACAGAUUGAGAUCAACAAGAAGAGGGACGCGGAGCUGGCCAAGCUCAGGAAGCUGCUGGAGGAUGUGCAUCUGGAGAGCGAACAGACCCACCACAUCCUCAAGAAGAAACACCAGGAGGCCGUGGUUGACUUCCAGGACCAGAUCGACAUCCUCACCAAAUCCAGGAGCAAGGUCGAGAAGGAGAAGUCCAAGGCCCAGACAGAGGUGAUCGAACUGUCUGAGCAGCUGGAGAAGAUGACCAUGGAGUCCGCCUCGAGCCACAAGACCAUUAAGUCCCUGAGUGUGCAGAUCAGCGAGCUCAACAUCAGGGUGGAGGAACUCAACCGCACCAUCGUGGACAUCACCUCCUCCAAGCAGCGCCUCAGCGUGGAGAACGUGGAGCUGACGAAGGUUGUGCAGGAGCUGAAGGUGAAGAUUGAGGAGCUUAACUACAGCCUCAAGAGCAGCUGCACCACCGUGGAAGAAUUCAGGAGGAAGUACGAUGCUGAGGAGCAGCGUCGCCACAAGCUGGAGAUCGAGCUCACCAAUGUCGGCAACGAGCUCGGCGUGGCCCGCAGGUCCUACGAGGAGGAGUGCGAGCUGCGCCUGGACAUGGAGCGCAAGUACAGCAGCGAGGCUCAGGCAGCGCUGGCUUACAAGAGCAAAUACGAACAGGAAUGCCGUGCCCACGCUGACGAUGUUGACGAAAUGAAGAAGAAGAUGAACAUCAGGAUCCUGGAGCUGGAGGAGCACAUCACCACCCUCACGCAGAAGGUCACUGGCCUGGAGAAGCAGAAGAGCCGCCUGUCUCAGGAGAUCGAGAUUCUGAUUCUGGACCUGGAGAAGGCUAACAACAACCACCGUGAAGUGAAGGCCCGCCUGGAGACCGUGGACCGCGAGUACAAGACCCUGCUGGUGAAGUACGAGGAGCUGAACAUGCUUUACGAACAGACCUCGAAGGACCUCAGGGUGCGCACCGCUGAGUACACCAAGGUCAUGCAGGAAUACGAGCACGUCAAGGAGAUUUACGAGAAGCUUUCCCUCGACUACAAGAAGAUCAGUGUUGAGAACGGUGACCUCAAGGGAACUGUUGGUGACCUGACCCGCCUGAAGCACGACCUUGAACUGGAGAUCCGCCGUCUGGAAGCUGAGAGGAACGAGCUGGCCAACGGUCUGAGCGAGUCUGAGAACGCCCGCAAGGAGGAGGAACACCGCUUCAUCAGGAUAAGCAACGAAUACCAGAGCUACAGGGUCGAGAUAGAGAAGAAGCUGACCAUCAGGGAGGAGGAGCUGGAGUCCGUGCGCAAGCAGAUGGCCAUUGAGGUGGACAACCUGAACGCCCGUGUGGUGGAAGCUGAGACCCGCCUGAAGUCCGAGGUGACCAAGAUCAAGAAGAAGAUGCAGGUCGCCAUCACUGAGCUGGAGAUGAGCCUGGACACCGCCAACAAGUCCAACAUUGACCUGCAGAAGACCGUCAAGAAGCAGGCCAUCUCCCUCCAGGAGCUCCAGGCCCACUAUGACGAGCUUCAGAGGCAGCUGCAGACCACCCUGGACCAGUAUGGUGUGGCCCAGCGUCGCAUCCAGGCUCUUACUGCUGAGUACGAGGAGGCCCGUGGCGCCCUUGAUGCUGCCACCCGUGGUCGCCGUGCUGCUGAGAUGCAGUACGAGGAGGCCUCAGCCCGUCUGAAGGAUCUCACCACCAUCAACGUGAACCUGAGCAACGCCAGGAGCAAGCUGGAGCAGGAGCUGUCUGUCAUUGCUGCCGACUAUGACGAAGUUAGCAAGGAACUGAAGAUAAGCGAUGAGCGCCUCAGCAAGACCACCAUCGAACUGAAGCGCACCAUCGAACUCCUCCACGAAGAGUCCGAACGCUACGUCAAGAUCGAGUCCAUCAAGAAGUCCCUCGAGGUCGAAGUCAAGAACCUCAACAUCCGCAUCGAGAACAUCGAGGCCAACGCUCUCGCCAGCACGAAGAGGAUGGUGUCCAAGCUCGAGGCCAGGGUGCACGAGCUGGAGAUCGGCCUGGACGAGGAGAGCCGCCGCCACCAGGAGACCAUCAAGAUCCUGAGGAAGAAGGAGAGGAACGUGAAGGAGCUGGUGCUGCAGUGCGAGGAGGACCACAAGAACAUCCAGAUCCUGCAGGAGACUCUCGACAAGACCUACGAGAAGAUCAACAUGUACAAGAGGCAGCUCAACGAGUCGGAGUCCGUGUCCUCUGCAAACCUGACCCGCGUGCGCAGGUUCCAGAGGGAGCUGGAGGCCGCCGAGGAGAGGGCAGAGGUGGCUGAGAGCAACCUGUGCAUGAUCCGCGCCAAGCACCGCACCCUCGUCACCAGCCAGACCACCACCUUGCCCGGCGGAGAGACCGUCAUCGUGAAGGAGACCGUCACCCAGGAAUAAGCGUCCUGCCCCGCACUCCGUUUUCUCUUCUCUUCUUCCGUGAUGUUGCUUUCUCUUGGUUCUUUUUCCUGGUAUUCUUCUUCGUCUUUUUCUUAGUGCCUCUAUAUUGAUUGGUCUAUUUUCUAUAUUUUUUCUUUUCCUUUUUUCUAUUUCUUUAACUCUUUUUUUUUCAGGGGUACUUUCUUAAUUUCUUUUCUUCGUCUUAUCUAUUCCUUCAUUUAUUCACGUUUCUGAGCAUUGCGCUUAUUUUGUAUAGAGUCUUCCUUCAUCUGACUACUUCUCCACUCCUCCUCCUACUCCACGUGUUCUCUCGUCAUUCGAAGCAAGGCAAAAUUGAUCCUAUAUAUAUACAUACAUAUACGUAUAUAUACACUUACCUUAUCUCCUUCUCAAUCAUUCGCUAAUCUAAGAAAUUUAAGUAAGGUAUAAUAAAGAAAUAGAAUAUAUUGAAGCUGACGAUGAUGAUGAUGAUGAUGAAGUUAAUUAUUCACUGUUAAUCACUAUCACAGGCACACCAUCUGGAUAGAAUAUAUUAUAUUAUUAUCUAUUUAUUUUCUUUAUCUACUUUUUUUUCCUCCAUUUUUCCUCCAACGCCAGAUUAUUUAGCCGUAUACAGGUUCCUCCGCCCCCUAUUUACGUUUUCUUUCUCCGUUUUCUAUCUCCGUUUUCUGCCGGGACUCAACCACUUCAGCGUCGGGCAGUAGUAGGGAGUAGGGAGGUCGUUUUCUUUUGGCUGUGUCGUGUAUCUGCUUUUUGAGAAUUUCCAUGUAGAAGAUUGGAAUAAACCAUUUGUUGUACACUCAGGCUUAUUAGUGAUUCUGUAGCCCGCGCGCGCACUCGUAGCUUCCCUGUGCGUGUGUGUAUGUGUGCGUGUGUGCAUGCGUGUGUGGUGUGUGGGUGUGUCAAGCCCCGCUCAUGUCUCCUCCAGCACAAUUCAUACUUACUUUACAUACGUACAUACAUGGCUGUGCACAUGACAUGAUCUAUACGUGUGUGUGUAUGUGUGUGUGUGUGUGUGUGUGUGUGUUGGUACCAUGCUGUGAAAGCCUUAAUUCUUAAAUCUACCUACAUCUAUACUUUUUUUUCCAUCACUUAUAUAACAUAGAUACCCAGAACAACAUUAAUAACAACAACACCAGUAAUACCAACAAUCUCUGCUUCUUAAUACCAAUAACUAUAACUUCUCCUAACAACUAUUACACUACCUAACUAUCCGUCCUGUAGUUCAUAGUUAGACAUCACAACCUCAGCAUUAAUCUCAGCAUACACACCUACUCGCAGCAUAACGCCAGCAUUCUCUUCACUCAUCAUAACAAUUAAUAUUUUACGGAGAACGAGAUGAUGAAAAUGUAAAGGGAACGUAGAGUGACAGAAUGAGAGAACAGGGGUGAAAAAGAAGAAAAUGGCAAGAGGGAGAGAGAGAAAUUAUUACUGAAAGGGAUGAAAAUGAACUAACAAGAUAAAAAGAAGAGGAACGAAUGAUGCUGAAAACAAACUAACAAGAUGAUAAGAUGAUAAAAAAAAAAGAGGAACGAAUGUUAUGAAAGCUGAACGUAAAAGGAAGGAAGAAAAGCAUGAAUGAUAACCAAGUGGACAAUACAAACACACAAACAAACACAAAGGAGGAACAGAGGAUUGAGGGCUGGGGUGCCUGCGGUGUGACCUUCCCUCUGACCCUUCCUGACCUUAGCUGGGGCGAGGUCAAGGUCACGCUCCCUUAGGCUGGGGAGUCAAAGAGGGAAUGUGACCUUGAGAUAAUUGGUUACAAAUUAUUACAUCAUUAAAGAUCAAUAUUGGAAGGGUUUGGCAGGGAUUUUCGGCCACUUCUGCAGGCACCGUGGCUGGGAAAACACUAUCUUGCCCUCAAAUCCUUCAGGGGUUCGACACACGCCAAUGAAACGCUUCACGCAUCACUGAAUCCCGAAGCAGUAACAAUCAUCUUAAUCAGUAGGUUAGAUUAUUAGUAUUUAGAUUUUAUGAAGUGAUUCGUUGCUUCACUUAGACUGAUUCAAUGGCUCACUUCGCAGCAGCUUCACCGUGUCGCUGAGUCAACUUUUAAUUAAACCCUUAGUUCGAAGCACUAGUGAACCUCGACGCAGCAUUUCCAGCUCGCGGUUGAUUCGAAACAAACAUAUCUUCUUCCUUCCUACUUCCUUCUACUGUUUCUUCCUGAAUUAUUUGAACCUAACUCUUGUUUUCUUUUAUCUUUUGUUUCUCACUCCUUCAAAUCCUUACCUCGCGGGAGUCCUGUAACAUUGCCACGCCUUCUCGAGGUCCCACGCCGCCCUUGGAACCCUGGGAGGGCGUGUAUGACCCCCUUAACACACAGACACCAACUGAGGCCUCCACCACCCUGCGGACAGCUGUACCGGCGGACUACCAUACAUACAAGACUAUCGUACCUUCGCAAAACUCUCGUACUUUGAAAAAAAAAAAAAAAAGUACCGGGUAGAGAAACGAUACCUGGCGGAGUGAAAUACCUGUUCUGUUUACUUGUUUACUAUCCAGCAUCGCGCCAAGGUGUGUUUAUGGAGAGUCAAGUGUGUGUGUGUGUUUAUCCCGAUGGAGAGUCUUGUCACAUCCCCCCGUGCGGCUGCCAAGGGGUGACUGAGGGGCUGGUGAGGCCAAGGAGGUUCCAUGCUUCCUUGGGUGAGGCGAGUGUGGUGGGUGUGGCGCCCCCUUGUGUGACGCCACAGUCCAGACAGACAGUCCUUCAGAGGAAUCCUCACAUACAUUAUACACUUUGAAUAAAAGGGCUACGUUGUC